GUUCCCUUAGCAGACGCAACCGCCCACUAAAGCAUCUUCGACGCGUACAAAAUUCCAUUACUUAUAUAAAUCACUUCCUUUCACCUUCUUUUGUCCACCAAAACUCAAAGUCUAAUUACUUCCUUCGACUAUCAAAAGUCCACAAGCCUCUUCUCUUUUCUCUUCUAAUUUUCUUCUCCAAAAUGCAAAAGAAACACUCCAAUGUGGGUCGUAGAGCAUGGAAUCUUCUACGUUUAGCAAUGAUGUGGGCAAGAAAAGGUGGGGUUUUCAAGAGGAAGUUUCUCAUGGACCUCCGCCUUGUACCCAAGUUCAUUAAGAGCCUUGGUCACUCGACGCCUCGUGGCCACCUACAUUAUGGCGAUCACGAGCUUUCGUUCGAUGAGACGCCUGUUUUCCAUGUCAAGAUGCAUCGUCCUGCCUCCAUGCGCUUCCACUUUCCCUGCAUUACCCCACAAGCGGUUGAUUUCAAAUACGAGUUUGAUGGCGAUGGUGACACUGAUGAUGAGGAUGUUAGUGAAGUUUGUAGCUACGAUGGUGAGCGGAGGAGUUCAGGAUAUGAUGGUGGAGAGGAACGAGAGGAUGAUAAAGAUGAUGAAGAAGAUGCAAUUGAUUUAAGAGCUGAGAAGUUCAUAGCUGAGUUCUAUGAACAAAUGAAAAUGCAAAGACAGAUUUCAUUUUCACAAUAUGAUAAAAGUCAUUGAAUAAAAUUAGAGUUUUGAUUAUAAGUUUUGAGAGUUUGUUUUAUAAAUAUGUAUACAAUAAGAUUCAUUUGUUACAGUUUUGGGAGUUAUAUUUUUUUUUUUUUUUUGGUUCUCUCUUUUGUAAAAUGUGACAUUGUGGCAUUUUGUAAAGAAGAAAACCUGAGUGCAACCCACUGCACCCAUGAAAAUUUGGCAGAUCUUUUUUUUUUAAAUAAAAAAAAUUGAUUAAUUUUAUUUUUUUCUAUCUGUAUAAAAAAGGACUCCUUGGGAUUAGAACUUGCCAUUCCUUGAAUAAAAGAAUUUGUUGAUUCAU